AUGACCACUCGUAUCCCAUCAUCCCUCUUCGGCCCAGCAAAAGAUGUCUCAGAACGCGUCCAUCAACAAGAUGCUGAUGGUCCGAGGCAGUACAUCCGCCGCAUCUCCGCAUGGAAUGGCCAGGACGUGAGUGUGCUUGAAGCUAUCGUAGAUGAGAUGAGCGAGGAUCACUUCUACGUACGCAACGAGCGCGCUAAGCACGGCGGAGAUGCUUUCCACGAACGUUACGAGGUCAUAGACGCCGCCAAUGCGCUUCUGGACCGCAAGGACACUCCACUCUACCACAGGGCAGCGGUAUACAUGAUGUUGGCGUACAUGUCGCAUCACGACCCCUAUUUCCAGAUCGAAUGCCUGCAAAGCACUCAUGUCUAUCUCGAUCAGCUUGAGCUCAGGACGCGACGGUUCCAAGAGUAUCUCGACAACCUCGACCAAAGUAUAGUUGCAGGAUAUGCUCAGACGCGACGUGAGCUGGGCAUUCAGAUACUCCUGCCAGAGGGUGUGGAGCCACAGCCGAUCGUCAAGCCUGAUCUCCGUCUCGACCACAGACCUGCGGGCGUUCGACGCGAUGCUCUGAAGCUGUUCGCGGUUCUGUCAAAGGCGAUAUCAGACGUGGAGUACAUUAGCGAGGACAGCCGGAUUGACGAAGAGGCCGUGCAGGAUGACAGUGAGAAAGACAUUGGCCAAGAGAAGGAUGCCGCAGAGAAGAUGGACGCAGGCCCAGAUAGAGGGGAUAUCACAAUGGCGGAUGUGCCAGCCAUCGUCGUCCAGACUGAUGAUGGAAGCAGUUCUGCAUCGCCAUUUUCCGGGACCGCCGCGAUCGCAGGCGCGUCAUCUUCUGGUCCUCAAGAGCUGUCUUCAGCUUUUGCGUCUGCUUCCAGUACUCCAUCCGAUUCACAGAGAGAUGCUAGAAUCCAGAAAGGCCCUCGUUCGCCCGUGCCAUCGUUGCUUCGUCCACAUGGGGCUUCGGCCAGUGCCAAGCUCGACACGGCCACUGGUAUUGGGCAUGGUGAUGUCCGACUCUCUGGAGUAUCGCCUCCUUCUGACGAUGCCCAAGCUGGCUCUCAAAAAGCGACCUCGGUUGCAGUCGAGGACAAGAAUGCAACGCAGUCUUUGUUCAAUCUCUUGGGCUCAGACUCAGGAUAUCCCACUCACGGCCUCGGCCACGAGCCAGUGCAUAGCCGGUACCGGAAGAGCAACUCCACCAAAUCCAAGCCGUCUACAACCAAGUCUAGGAAGAAGCAGUCGCAGCGGCCGGGAGGGAUUGACACGCUGCGGCAUGCAUUUGAUCCACCCGAGGCUACUGCUCCACCGCCGGUCUCGCCAAAGUUCGCGGCAGAGACGCCAUACGACGUGCCGGUUCGCAUGAAGUCUGAUGACUCCAAAGACGGCGGAAAGGGUGACAAGGAGGACGAGCAGAUGAGAGGAUAG